GUGGUAUAUACUGCGUGUUCGAAGUUCCCAUGGAUACGGUUACCUAGUAACAAGGGUUGUUUACAUACUAGGCCAUUUUGCACGCUGUAGAGAGGGAAAGAUGGAGCCGCUGCCGGCUUCCUUCUACGGUGACAUAGACCGCAGGAACCCGGUGAUCGCCACAUUUGAGAAUGAGAUUAAACAGUUUAUCGGUUUUAUGAGGAAGCUGCAGCGAGCGCCCCCUGGAGACGGCCAUCGGCAGGAGCACCGGCGGGGAUCCGGCACUUUGUUUCAUAUUUGGGUCAAAUAUAAACCUCGACUGCCAGCCUGGUAUUACCAAGAAAAGCUUCUUAAGGUUGGAGAUAGCCUUGUUCAGAUCAAUGAGCAUAAGUUGGCACUUUUCCAGUGCUAUGAGCGGUAUCUGGAACAGUUUUGCUCAGUUGACAUCGAUGACAUUAUAGAUGUGGACCAAUUUAAAUCUAUAUUUUUUCCAAGUGGAACAAAUGAUAAAAAAGCUGCUCUGACGUUCCAUGCACUGCAAGGAAGAUGUAUUUGUAUUUAUCAAUUGGUGAAGACAAGUGAUGCUAAUCUUCAGAAUGAAGACUCCGUAAAGAAGUGUCUGAGAAUACUAGCUUUCCUCCAGCUUAUCAUGCAGGUCGUCCUACCACAGGAACAUCUCUGCUGGUUGAUUUUCAAUGGAACACUUUAUAUAUACACCAUAUGCAGACAUUUAAUGGUUUUGGGGCAUUCAUCACAGGCCCUGGAGUUCCUGUUAUGGGCGAGCAUAUGCAUGGAGUCGUGUGUUCCGCUACUGUCUGUCCAGUACUUGACAUGGAGGGCAGCACUGUACACGGCUGUGUGUCAGUGUUAUUUUGACUGUCGGGAAGGUGUCCAUGGAGAGGUGUUUGCUCGCCGUGCUCUUGGUAAGAUCAAUGAGCUUAGUCAGCUUGAAAAUAUGAGUGAUUCCUCAUACAACGAAGCGACAAAAAAAGCUUUUAAAGAGUCCACUCUUAAGAUGGCAGUAAUGAUUUUCAAAAGAGCAGUGUUCGAAUCUAGAAGAAAACCAAAGGGCAUACUUCGCCCAAAACUAAAAAGUAACCUGAAAGAAGCAGAAAAGUUACCAUGGCCUCGUACAAACACUGAACGGCUUCUGAUAGAGAUGUUUGGAAACAAUGCCUCCCAGUUCCUUGCUAUUCUAGAAGCUCUGGCAGACAGUAAUAGACGACUGUUUCAGGCUGGACCUCCGCUACCUGAUGAACCCGAAAUACAUGAUGUGAUUGCAGAGCUUUUUUUUGCAGGAAUUGACAUUCUUUCAGGUGGAGGACAUAAAGCUGAGCGUGGUACUGUGGGUAACCCCCAGGGUGAGCUGGAUAAAUUGUUGAAAAUGUCCUCUCUUCUGGAGCUAGCAGUGGAGGAAAACAAUGCCGUAUCUGCAGAAGCUGCUGUGAAGUUUUCUAAGUUGGCGUUUAGCUAUGAGAAUUGGGAUGUGUUUGAUGCUCUUAUAGCUCCAUUAUAUACCUUUCUAAAGGCUCAGGAAAGCACAAAAUGGAAGAAAGAAGAAAUGGAUCUUAGGAUACUACUUGCUGCUGAACCUUUAUUGUCAGGGAAAAAGCAUAAUCAUGGUAUUGAAGCUUGGCAAGACUGUAACAACAUAGCACAGAUUCCUGAUUUUCUGGGAAUCGUUGGGCUUCAAGGUGACUCUGUAGAUAGCAAGUCUCCAGAUGAUAGCAGAGCAUUGGCAGAGAUGCUGUUUUCCUGCGUGUAUAACUCGUUACAGGAGGUUCAGCCUGAUAGAGAUAUGGUCAUUGAUGUCGUCUUAUUUCUAUGGCAAAAAUGCAAAACUGGAAUGCAGCGAAUCCAUACUUUUGCAGUGGAUGGGUCAAAAUUCGUACAAAAAUGUGAAAUGAGUAGUAAGUGGAUUUACAUUCUUUGCCUCAUCUAUGAAGUGAUGCAACAAUCAAAUAUCAUAGAUACAGAUGCUGCAAUACUGGGAGAAGCUGCAUUGAAAUUAGCAGGGAUUGCGGAAAGUAUGGCUGAUGCUGUCAUUAAGUCUGGAAACAAAUCAGAUAGGUCACAUGAAAAUGUAAAUCUGACCCUGACAAAUGCAAGAACUAAACCUACUUAUUUAAAGAAAAGCCCAGUUAGGCAGCUGAUUUUUGCAUAUGAAACUUUAGACAAGGCAAUUAAAGGAUUGUCUGUUUCACGGUCACAAGGCGCUAUACCACAAUACAUGUCAGUAGUUGACCAUUAUAUCACAAUGUUUGGUGUAAAAAGACAACAUGGAAAAAACACAGCUGAAGAGCAAAGCUGCUCUUCCAAGUCACUUGUAAAUAAUGUGACGAUGAUGGAUUUGCAGCUUGAGCUAAUUGUGGCUCAGCAUCGAGUGUCAGUCAAACUUCUCAAUCAAAUGCAUGUUGAUGGCGAACAUCUCAGAUUAUCAAAGAAUUCCACUCAAAACCAAGAAAGGGUCGAGUCUUUAUGCUUCCAUACAGAAACAGAAAUACUUGAUAAAAUCAACAAGAAUAAAUUGUCCAAAGCCAUCUUCCUGAUGCAGAAGGCUGUACUUUUUAUUAAGGAACUAAACUGUUCUCCCAAUAAGCUCUUAGAGGAUUCACAGAAACUGAUUCAGCAAGCUGAAGUUGAGGAAAAUGCGGUCUACUUAUCUUGUAUCAAACAACCAGAGACACAAGCUGGCAAAGUGACUGUGCCUCCUCCACCCAUUUUACUUUGCAGAACAGAAAAUUUGAUGGUGUUUAAACCAGCUCCAUUUAAAUCCAAUAUUACGGUGGCUUGGUACUGUAUAUUUGGACAAAGUGUAACAGGCCCCAACUUAAAAGCAAGGUUAAAUGAUCAUCAUCUUCCAGGAACUGGAGAAGAGGUUCCAGCAAAUAGUAACAACUUAUUUGUAGUUAAGGGGCUAAAGAAAAAUGAGAAAUACAUAUUUGCUGUUGCAGCAUAUUCAGCAGAUGGACGUCUCAUUGGAGAUAUGAUCGGAGAAUCAACCAAACCAAUUCUUGCCUUUCCACCUUUAUCAGUGCCUGCAACUUGGGCUUAUCUAGCACAGAGUGCUUAUCUAGUUGGCCACUAUAAUGUGGCUAAGAAAGCGUGUUCUGCUCUGUGGAAUUACUUUGUGUUACCAGCAAUUUCUCCACCCGCUACCGCUGACAAAUCAGGGAGCAAAGAGGGUAUAUCCCAAAUGAGUCUGUGCCCUGAUGCUAUAUCAAACUCCUCUCCUAUACUGCUGCAACUUUUCCUGGGAAGUAUUUUUACACUUAAUGAUAUAAACAUAAAGGAGAAAGCUCUUUAUUGUGACGCUGUGUGCGAUGGAGGGAUUCUGCGGAAGGGGCAAAUUUGUCGAAUAGCUGAAUGUGAACGAUUGUUGGUGGCUCUUGAUGUUAGUACUUUGCUGAGUGAUGCCAACUAUGCCCUUCAAGCUGUUGUUCAAUGCUAUGGUCUGAUUGCUCCAGUAAUCUAUCACCGGAUCCCUUCUGUUCAAGUAGUGCAGAUCCUAAUUAAAUGCUUGGCAGUUUUACAAGAAAUCCCCAGCAGCACCUGGCAGAAAAAACAGGCUGGUGUAACAGAGGGUGUUCUGCACAUGACAGCGUGCAUCGUCUAUUAUAUAGCCAAGGUUCUCCGCUCAUGGGAAGAAUAUGAAGGUGCAAUAUCUAUAAUAGAAACUGGAAAAAAGUUACUUGAUUUGACAGAGAAUACAUCUUGGCAUGAUGACACAGUAAAAGCAUUCAAUGCCAACAAUAAAGAUAAGGUGUAUGUUUCCAAAAAGUAUCAAAAUAAGAAAACCUCCGUUGAUGAAAAAGUUAAUGAACAUCUUACCGUGCUGGAAUAUAAUCUACUAAAAUUGACAAAACCAUUACCUGGGGCAGAGCUCACUGGACAAGAGGACCCCAUACUCUUACACGCUGUUGUUUCUUGUUGGUCUCUAAAUGCAGCGUUUAAAGAAAUUAUGAAAUUCAAGAAAAAUUCUCGUUUUCUGGAAUUCUCCGUCCAGUUAUUGCAAAGGGCAUUAUAUGAGGAGAAGUUCCAGAAGGUACUCGAGUGGAGUGCCAUGGUGUUUGACUAUUUAAAAAGGCAGAAUGGAAAUGUGUUGGGAAACCAGCAGCAUGAAGACAAAGGUGAUGUUCCAGGAUUGAAUGAUUCUUUCAAGAGAUACACAGCAGCCCUUGUUGAAUAUCAGAAGGAUGUGAAACCAUCAAUGCCCUAUGAAGCCAAAAAAAAGAAUGUGACAAAAAAUAAAAUUGAAAUUCAAAAACCACAGCAUAAAAAGAAGAAUCAGAACCUGGAACUUCAUAGACUUACAAGAGAAGAGCUUGAGAAGAAAGCUUUUACAACCUUACUUAGGCUGCUAACACCUAUUGUUGGUAGAUAUAUAAAACGCAAGAGACGGAUUCAAGUAAGCAUUGAAGAGAUGCCAUGGAGAGCUCAGAUGAAUAUACUCUUGGCACUAACUCACUUCAGCUUGUUUAAGAAAAAGCUUAGUCAGCUGUGCAGUGAAGAAGCUGUAUGCGUGCAGAGCAUGAACAGCUACAGAGUCCUGGAUCCCGAAUUAUUCACUUUGCAUCAUGCUGGCACUGUAGUCAUGGCAACAAAUACAAAUGCGGCAAAAGAACAAAUGUCUAGCCCAGGUCACCUUCAUCCCUCACUUAAACUAGAUCUUCGACCAGAUGCUAAACUCACUGAUUCACUUGACUAUUCUGAUCCUAGUACAAUACGCAGUGAUAUGGAUACGCCACGUACACAGAUGACAAAUGACAUUGAAACUCCAUCUCUGACAACAAAAGAGCAAGCAAAGAUAAACAUGUCCUCAGUUAUUCUUCUAGAUCAUCUUGAAAAGAUUUGUAUUCACCUUAAAAGAGCGGUGGUUUUAGCACAUCGUGGAGGACGCUGGACAUUACUUCAGAAUGCUAGUCGACUACUUUGGAACGUUGUCCUUGAGUUUCAGUUAAUCACAAAACAAUUUGAAGUCACUGAAGGAUUGUUUCCUAUAACAAGAGAUCUUCUGAACAACGAAAUAUGGAUGCCAAUCUAUUUUGCAGCAGACAUGAUUCUCGACAUGUUAGUCGCCCUACAAAAUAAUGGAUCCAUGCAGAUUAUCGAUGAGGAUAAAAAGUUUAGUGUCCCGAGCUGCAUGGGUAGCAUUGCUGAUGAGGAAGGUGGAUCUAAUCUGACUUUUGAAUACCCCUUUGAUGAUGUCACUGUAAUUGACAUUCGCUGGAUAAGGGAUCUGGUUCUUAAAGCCAUAGAAGUUUUAAACAAUAUGAAAAGAUGGGAAGCCUUGGUACAUAUAGCAGUUCAGUUCAAUUUACUCUCUCAUGAGAGAUUUACUGAGCAAGUAACUCCAUUAUUGGUGAAUGCACAGAGGAUGCUGGCUGGCAAAAUAAUUAAUACAGAAGGUUCUGAGACUUACUUCAAUGGAGCUACAGAGGAAAGUGAUGGAAAGAUGCAAUGCAGGAAUUACCUCGGUAAACCCCUUUAUGUUGGCCCAAUCAGUAGUAAAGGGAGGAAUCCUGGAGCCAAAAUUGAUCACAGACAACAUAUUGGUCAUUCAGAUGGUAAGCAACUUGAAGCACAUACAUGUGUUCCAGUGGAUGUGAUGGAUACCUUUGCUUGCUUCCGCGACAGUCUACAGAAAUCUAAAUACUCAAGCAGAGCACUUAAACACAGCAGAAAACUACUCACUUUAUUCCUCGCAUAUAGCCAAGGAUUAAAUGCAGAAGAAAAGCCGAGGAGUCCAUACACAUCCUAUGGGAAAGUGGGCUUUUCUGCUGGUGCAUUGCAAGCUCAUCGCCCUGUCCCUCCUGAUCUCUCCGAAGAAGAGUUUCUCUCUCUGCAUUCUAUUGCAAGCAAGCCUAUCCCUCCCUCACACCUCUCAGUUGUUAUUGCUUCAUAUGACAAGACUAUCGAAAUUCUUCAUUCAGACAGACAACAAAGCCUUAAAGCCCAAGCUCUUCAUGAGCUUGGCAAUCUUCAUCUGUAUACUGGAAAUAAAAGAGCUGCUUUCAAAUGCUGGUGUCAGGCCCUUGAUGAAACGCUCAACAUGUCUGAUACUCUUAAUUCAUGGCAAGAGCUUGAUAGCUCCCCAGACAGCAUAAGCAAUGGAAGAUCUAAAGAUUACUGUGAGAAAUUUGUCUCCCGGGCGGGAAUUUGGGGUUGUUUGCUGGCUGCCGUCAUCACUGCUAAAAUGUCUCGUUACAUCUUGACAUCAGAUAUAAGAAAGAAAAGUGAAUGCUGCCUGCUCUCAGCUUUACUUUUCAAGUCCCUGUUUUAUGUGUCCUUGCCACAUCCAGAUGAAGACCGUGAUUAUGCAUUAUAUGAAAUUGGAGAAGGAUGUGAAGUACCGGAACUAAUUCCAGGGAUUGACCUGUUUUCUGACCAGCACCGAGCAGAUGCUAGAACUGUUGUUUCCAGUCUAGGAUUUCUUAUUUCAGAAUUACAUUCUGUUGCUCAAAAUCUCAUGGUUUUGCCGUUAUUUACCUUAUAUCAGUAUUUUGCUGGUAUGAUUUGUCAUGACACUGUCAGAUGUGUGGAAGCUAGGAUCUUAAAGGUUAAAGUCCUCACAGAUCUCUACUUGUUUACUGAAGCUUUCCAUGAACUUUUUCUCCUCAAUAUUGGAAUACGAAUCCCGAUAAAAGCACUCCAAGGAUUCACACCUGCUAAAUCACCUCUUAUAAACCAUGGAAAUGUGAAUUUCUCAUCCUCAAAUACCCUUCUCUGCAUUGAAAACAUACAGGCUGUAGAAGAGAUCCUCAACAGAAAGCCUAAUGCAUGUCUACUUUCCUUGUGUGAGAAAACAACCAUAGACAAGCUGGUACUGGCUAAAACACAUUUCAUCCUAAAACUGUCUUCAACAAUUAAUGCCAUCCCUGAAGUAGUGAAGAAGCCUAGUAAUUGUGCGACCGGGAGCAGCACAGAGCCUCAAAGUGAAACCCAGGAGACUGGCUCAUUAGCGGAUAUCAUUGAUCCUAACGAUAAGGCUGAUACCCCAGUGGAACUAGCUUCUGAACCAGACCUCUCACUACCAAAGCUAAAGGACAUUUUGUUGAGUGAGGCUGAAGGAAGAGUAACAGCCAUUCUAAAGGAUUUAGAAAAAAAAUAUAACUCCCAGCUCUUAGAGUGUUCUGCCGUGGACCUGGAAGUGGCAGUUGAGGCAAAACUGCAGCUCUGUACGAUUGCACAGCAGAGGCACUACACUGCAGUAAGUGUGGCCAUGGCGUUUUCUGCACUGAUGUUACUUCAGGAAGCAAAAAUAUACAGAGUGAAAAUUCAGUCUGAUAUCAGAAAUGUAUCUCCAUCAUGUGACCCAUACUCAACAAGAAAUGAACAGAUCAGUGGUCACACUGGUAGAACAGUGGUUUCAAUCGAUUCUGAAGCCAGAGAGCGGCUGAACAUGCAGACAUGGCUCAGAUGUCGUUUUGCCCUUGUUACCAGUCUCAUACGUCAGAUGCCUAGUAUAGCAACACAUGAUUGGAACAUGCGUGACAGCUCAGCUCUAAUAACUGAGGGUAUUGUAGAGGCUGAAACACUGAAUGAUUUUGAAACCCAGGCUCAUUUCUUGCUGCAAGCUGCUUUUCUUGAUAUUCAAGAUGGCCAUCCCAGGAAAGGAGUUCAGCACAUGCUGGAGAAUAUAAUCCAUUUGCUACAAGGAAAGUGUUUCAUUUCUCCCAUGGCAUGCUUAACACUUGCUCAGAGCUUGAUUCUUUCAGCUGACUUAAUGGAAAAUAAUGAGGAUCAGCUUUUGUUUUGGACAAAGCAAUUAAAUAUUUUUACUUUGGCUCGUAAAAUUAUCGUCAAACAACUCACAUGUCUUGGGGAAAUCAAGGAGCAAAAUGUAACACAACCUUUGCUUUCAUCUUUGCUACCUCCUUUCAAGAACAUGUAUUUACCACAAAUCAGUUUACUGGCUAAAGUCAAAAUGAGAAUUGGUCAUGUAUUGACUCUCCAAGUCAAUUCUACUGCUGAAACAUCCCGCAAUCCAUCUCAAUUGCUGCCAAGUCUUUCUCUAUAUAAUACAGCCUUAGAGCUCUGCAGAAACUCUACAUUUCGGGAAUAUGACUUGGAAGCUGAAUUGCUUUACCUAAAAGGUAAGGCAGAACGCCUGAUGUUUAUCUUAGGAGAUCAUGACAAAUCCUCGGCUGUCAAAUCUUUCUCAGAAGCUAUCAAUGUGAGCUGUAAUAAUGAUCAAAACUUUAGCUUAAUAAGGAAAUCAUAUCUGGAGAUAGCACUGGUGUACCUUCACAUGUGCUGCUUGGAUACAAACAAAAUAAAUAAUAUAAGUUUACAAACCCUGAAAGCCCCAGAAACUACAACAUCAAAAAAACAGAUGGAUAAAGUGAUGCAAAAUGACAAUGAAGAGAAAACAGUGAGCCCAUCGGAGUGCUACAGACUGCUGGCAUGGAUUGCCAUUAGAGCAGCCACACAGGUGGGUGAAGCCAUGUUGGCAUACAAGCAGUUAUUAGGCAGUGUUACUGCGCAGACUAUAAGACCGACCUUUCAUGAGCACAUUCCAACGUUUGCUUGUGUGGAUCUUUUAGGGACUUACCAGAAGUAUUUGCCAGUUGAUGGCCUGAAAUGUGCUGACAAAGAGGAAGGGACUAUUAGAAGUCCUGUAGAGGGAACGCAAGAUCAGAACAACAGCCUUCCCAUAGAGAUGUUGUCUUGGGUUCAUGUCAUUCGCUACCAUAAUCACUUAAUGAGACUGAAGAAUAUGCUCACACUGGCAGAUUUUUCUGAAGAAGAUGCUGGCAAAGUUUCUGCCAGUAACACAUUGUACACAUCUGUCUUUGAUAAUGGGAUUACAGUGCGCUAUAUAGCGAUGCACCUGUUCCUGAAGAAGUAUCUUUAUUCUUAUUCCAUAUGCUGUGUGAAUGACUUUCCUCCAGAACUUCUCAUGGGACUGCAACAUGAAUCAAAAGGAUUUUACAUUGAACCUAAGACUAAUUCUGAAAGUGAAGAAACAUCUCAGGAUACACCAUUGUCUGUAAAAACAUCUAGCGUGUUAUCAGAUUCCAGAUUAGAAGCCUUCCAUGCACAUAUGGCAACACAUGCUGUAGAUAAGGAACUGUGUCUGCAGUGGUACUUUCCAACCUUGGAAAAAAGGAAAAACAUGGUUUUGCUAAUGUAUGCCUACAAUAAGCAGAAUAUAACUGUUAAAGACCUUAGAAAACUUAAACCAACUGGAGUCUUGUGUGGUUGUUCUUGGAUUUCUUUGCCACAUGUUCUGUCCUUACAUGAGAUGCUCUGUGUCCUGAGACAGAAGGCAGAACUCUCUCUCCAGCCUGUGAUUGAUGCGUCAAUCCCAGAAAUUGGUGAAAAGCAGAAGAAGUCUGCUCAGACAUCAAGAAAUAAAUCUGACCUCAAACCAGUCAGCAUCACUGAAGACCUACAGUUAAUGAUCCUGCAGUGCUGUUCUGAAGCUCAAGCUCUGCUGUCUUCUGCUCCAAAUCCACAACCAGUUACUCAGGCUCCAUUUGACAUCACUGUGCCAUCAUUAAUCAGGCUGGAGAGAGUCUUUGACCUGACUCACGGCUGUAUGUUAAUGAAGGGAAGCCUGCUAGAUUGGACAGCAUCACAGUUUACCUGAGCUAUCAAUUUAUACUUACAUUUUAUCACUUUCAAAUACAUUUAUGUUAGAUAAAUUGCAUAUAUUUACUAAUUUUGAUUCACAGUCUUUUUUUAUUAGCAAGUUUUUACAAUACAGGUUGAGUAUCCCAUAUCCAAAUAUUCCGAAAUACGGAAUAUUCCGAAAUACGGACUUUUUUUGAGUGAGACUGAGAUAGUGAAACCUUUGUUUUUUGAUGGCUCAAUGUACACAAACUUUGUUUAAUACACAAAGUUAUUAAAAAUAUUGUAUUAACUGACCUUUAGGCUGUGUGUAUAAGGUGUAUAUGAAACAUAAAUGAAUUGUGUGAAUGUACACACACUUUGUUUAAUGCACAAAGUUAGUAAAAAUAUUGUCUAAAAUGACCUUCAGGUUGUGUGUAUAAGGUGUAUAUGAAACAUAAAUGCAUUAUGUGCUUAUAUUUAGGUCCCAUCACCAUGAUAUCUCAUUAUGGUAUGCAAUUAUUCCAAAAUACGGGAAAAUCCCAUAUCCAAAAUACCUCUGGUCCCAAGCAUUUUGGAUAAGGGAUACUCAACCUGUAUUUAAUUGCAUUUCACACGUGAGAAUGUCUCAUGAAAUCCAUCUCUCUACUUCUUUGUCAUUUCUAAGCCAAGAAAAUAAACUGCUAUGAAAACAAA